UAUUGACAUGGGGAGGUAGAGAGAGAGAGAGAGUCCACGCCAACGAUCGCCGAAACCCAACGAUCGAUGAUCGUUUCGUCGCUGAGAAUUUUAACACGUAUAAUUUCCCUCUCGCAGAUAUUAUUCCGUUGUUGGAUUUCUAGAUUCUAGCUACAAGUUUUUUUGACAGAUUUUCCCUGCAUCUGGUAUUUCUCCGACGCUCCUUGAGCUUCCCGUCGAUCUGGGAGAGAGUGGGGUCGAGAAAGAAGGGAUUUGGUGGCGAUGAUAACGAGAUCGAAUCUAGCGGAACAGCUCAGGGAAUAUCAGAUUAGAUCAAAGCAUGAUUGGGCCUCCGUUUCUUUCUUCUCUUCCACCUCGAAUUUCUCUUCCUCCAGGGUCGAUGUGGUAGUAUUUGUCAUAUGGGAACUAGUGAUCUUAGCAUUCCUGGUGUUUUCAGCAGUAUCCUUGUACUUCAGGCGGUUGGAACUCGCAUUCAUCCUGGUUUGUGUCAGCUUACUAUUGCUUGUCUGUAUGAAAAUCACAAAGCAAGUGAGACUAGCCAGGAAGAAAAAACGAAGGAUGCUUCUUCCUCUCUCUAUGUAAAGACCGAACCACGGAGCAUUUGCACACUUUUUAUCUCCUCACGCACCAAAUCCAGCUAUUCCCUGGAAUGAAAUCGGAUCCAUAUGCAUCAGACUCACGCUGGGACGCAUCGCUCUGUCCAUAGAAGAAUAGACCUGACCUGAUCAGUUUUGAAAGAAUGGUUUGCAGGAUUUUCAUGUGACUAGAAAAGAGAAAACAAAGAAUACUCAUUAAAGUGAAAGGGAGAAGAUUUAUAAAGUAAAAAAGUAGCAAGCUAAUUGCUAGAAAUGCUCACAUGUUUCUGUCACCAACGCUAUAUCUCCCCUUUGCACUCCAUGUAUUGUUAUGAUCGCACUCCAUGUAUUGUUAGGAUCUAUUAAUACAAUAGCUUAGCUAUGCUA